UGCAUCUCUCAUAGAGUCAGUCACAAGUCAAAAAGAUGCAAGUCCAUUUAUUUUAUUUUAUAUCGGGUCAGGUCACUUUUAAAUUAAAAACAAUAAAAUGUGUGUUUUUCCUAUAAAUACGUAAUCAGCUACCAUCACAUUCAGGUGCCUCAAAACCCUAAGAGAAUCACAGAACAGAAAGAAAAUAUUAUUAGCAUAAAAAAGAUCUCCCUUAGGUCAACCAUGGAAGAAGCAAUUAUGAGACUCGAAGGUGCCGAGCACAGAGAAACCAACAACCAUUCUCUAAAGAGAAAGCCAUCAAGGCCUUCCUUGACAGCUCCUGGCUCUCCCGGAGGAGUAACUACCGCAAAAGCUGCCUCUGGCGCCGGCGCUUCCGGUGGCUCUACCAUAAGGUACCGAGGCGUGAGGCGUAGGCCAUGGGGUCGUUACGCAGCUGAAAUACGGGACCCAUUGUCCAAGGAGAGACGAUGGCUCGGAACAUUUGACACGGCCGAGGAAGCAGCUUGCGCAUACGACUGCGCCGCUCGAGCCAUGCGUGGUCUUAAAGCUCGAACCAACUUCGUCUACCCAAUGCCUUCUCUCGACUCUUAUCACCAUCGUAUUUUCUCUUCUCCUCCAAUGAAUAUGUUCCUUCUACGAGACGUUUUAAACUCUCAGUCUCUUUCUCCGUUAACCACUUUCGCUUACCCGCCUUGUAAUCUUCCUAAUGUAAACGACGUCGUUCACGAGUCCUUCACUAACGUUAACGAUGUCUCCGAAGAUCUCUCGCCUAAAGCUAAGAGGUCAAGUACCAUUGAGAACGAGAGCCUGAUCUCAAAUAUCUUUGAACCAGAACCAGCUGGUUCUGGUCUUCUCCAAGAAAUUGUUCAAGGCUUCUUACCAAAACCUAUCUCUCAACAUGAUUCUAUAGCUCCAAAGAGUAACCAACCGUCGGUUGGUGUUUUCCCGACCAUGCCAGAGACCGGUUUUCAGACAAAUGUUCGUUUACCUGACUUCAAUGUCGAAGGAAACGGAUUCGGUCAGGUGAAAUAUCAUGGAGAGUUGGGUUGGGCUGAUCAUGAGAGAGAGUUUGAUUCAGCUAAGAUGCAGCAGAACGGAAAUGGUGGAAUGUUUUAUCAGUAUUGCUUUCAUGAUUAUUAGAACAUUGUUGUUCUUCUACUUUUUACGUGCUUAUCACUUCACUGUUUCUUUAGGGUUGUAAGAAAUGAGGUUAGGGGUAACUAACUCAAAAUCUUUUGUCUUUUGUUUCUUCGUCUAGUUGUGUGAUCAAUUUAUCUCUCUGUUUUAGCAAAGAACAAUUUUUAUCUGAGUAUGAGCGAAGUUAAUUAAUGGUGUAUGACAUAUGUCGGUUAUGAGCAAAGGUAAUAAUAAAAAUAAAGUAAAAAAUAGUCGAGGGGCUGGGGAUGAAGACAACACCAAAAGUACAAAACUAUAUAUCUUGAAAAAUUAGAUUUUUUUCUAGUAAGUUGACUUCAGGAUCAUAAAGACAGCCUUUGUCCUCUUGCUUUUUCUUCUUUCCCUUUUUC